AUGGCUUAUCAAAGCCGGCAGAUCAUACAAUCAACCAUCUGUUCUGAACGUGAGAGGAUUGCGAACCCAAAAAGAAAUUGCGAAAAGUACCUAUCCCAUCAGAUUACCGCUAACAACUUGCUCCCUGUGUUGCCUCAGUCUGGGUCCCUCCACGAGAGGGAAAAGAAAAAAGAAAGGCAAAGAAACCAACUUGGAAAGAUUCAGUUGAAGCAGUUCCCUAGUACAGUCCUGUCACAUGGUGUAGGGAUACUUCAUCCCACAAAAAAUUGGCAUAUCUAUGGACCCAACAUGAAGCACAAUGUCCUCAAGAACUGCCCCAAUAAGAAUUUCUUUAAGGAGGUCUUACGUUCAACUCAUUGGAGAAAUGGGGUGGAAAUUUUCAAAUUUGGCAUGGAAUAG